AGGGGCAUCAACGUUGGCGGCAUGCAGAACCAGCCAUAUUUGAGCGCGGGAACUGCCACUGGACGGUUCCGUUAUACGUCGAUGGCGCCAAACAGCAAGUCGAAGACCGGGGCGUUUUGGGACACCUAGAAGAGAAGAGAUAGCGGUAGGUUAGAUUCCAAGCAGAGACGGGAGCAUGCUUGCCAGGCUGGCGAUGCUAGCAGGCACCUUGACAGCCUGGGCCUGGGGUUUUCACCGGACACUCGAUGCGCUGAACAUGAUCGACGCGAGCCGGGUCGGCGUGACGGGGUGUUCCCGCUUAGAAAAGGGUGCUCUUGAAGCCGGGCUCUUUGACAGUCACCCACUUCGACUACCCUUCCCAAGGCGCAGUGAGAAAUAUCCUGGGAUCUUCAAAGGGAUGUCGUGGCGUAUCGCAUCAGAUGAAAGGGAUCGAAAAUCAAAUUAGGGAUGUUUUCCAGAGACACCAUAAAACGGGAU